AUGUCAACCAAACAGUACAAUGAUAUCAUUGUGGAAAUUACCGGUCAAGUCGGAACCAUUAAACUUAAUCGACCCCAUGCCCUCAACUCAUUUGGUGGGAAACUGCUGCAAGAAACAAUCGAUGCAGUCCGGGACUUGAACGAGCACCCGGAUACCGUAUUCACGGUUCUCACCGGCCAAGGACGGUACUUUUCCGCUGGUGCCGACAUUAGAGGGGGCACGUUGGUCAACUUCGGCCCAUUUGCAAACAACACCGAGGCAAAGCUCGCAUUUUCCACACAGCUAUUCCCAGGCGUGGAGCUGGUCCGCUCUAUAAUAGAGCACCAGAAAGUGCUCGUCGUCGCCCUGAACGGCCCUGCCGUCGGCGGCGGAGCGGCCUGGUUCCUCGGGCUGGCAGACAUCAUCUUCGCCGUGGAGUCGUCCUUCCUGCAGGUCCCCUUCUCGGCGCUCGGCCUCGUCCCCGAGAACGGGUCGAUACGCAACUUUGCGCAGAGCAUGGGGGUUCACCGCGCCAACGACUUUCUCAUGUUUGGCCGGAAACUCACCGCGCAGGAGCUGGAGCAAUGGGGCCUGGUGAACAGGAUCUUGCCGGCGGCCGGGUUCCACGAGGGCGUCGAGGCCUUUCUGCAGGAGCAGCUGAGGGUCAAUGAUGGCAGGAGCAUGAUGCUGGCCAAGCAGCUGCAGAACGCGCCGCUGAGGGCAGAGAGGCUCUUGGCUCUUUACGAUGCAGCGGAUGCGCUGGCGGAGAGAUUUGUGGACGGCACGCCGUUGAGGAGGCUCGCGAUGAAGGGGGCAGAACUUGAAGCCAAGUCAAAAAAGCCUUCUCAUCUGUAA